AGCGCGCGGGGUGGGGGCGCGGGGCGCGGCGCACGGAGUCCACUCGGGUCGGAGGCGGCUCUGAACCGGGGCCGAGCCCCGGAGCCGUGAGGAGCCGGGCAGCUCAGCCGGAGCCCGCCGCCCGGGACAUGGCCAAGGCGGGCCGUGCAGGAGAGUUCCUGACCCUCUUGGGCAUCUGUGCAGCAUUUUCCGCCACUACCAGGGAUUCCCAUGGCCUUCACUUCUUCCUGUCUUCACAACAGCCCAGUGAGGUCAGGGCAGAAGGGCCCUGGUCCCUGGUUGCAGGUGGCCCUACCCCGGGUGGCGGUGCCCCCUGGCACCUUCGAAAUGUCCUCAAUGACUCAGUGGAGAGCUCGGAUGAUGAAUUCUUUGAUGCUAGAGAGGAGGUGGCUGAAGGGAAGAACGCCAUCCUCAUCGGGAUGAGCCAGUGGAAUUCGAAUGACCUGGUGGAGCAGAUGGAGACCAUGGGCAAACUGGAGGAGCACCAAGGAGAAGGGAGCAUGCCGUGCACGUCCAGCAUCCUCCAGGAAAAACAGAGAGAGCUGUACCGAGUUUCCUUGAGAAGACAGAAGUUCCCGGCCCAGGGCAGCAUUGAGAUCCACGAGGACAAUGAGGAAGUCGGCCCUCAGCGCUCCUGCAAGACGCACGUCCUGCUGCUGGUGCUGCACGGGGGGAACAUCCUGGACACCGGCUCGGGGGACCCAUCCUGUAAGGCUGCCGACAUCCGCACCUUCAGCUCCGUGCUGGAGAAGGUCACGCGUGCCCACUUCCCUGCGGCCCUGGGUCACAUCCUUAUCAAGUUUGUCCCCUGUCCUGCCAUCUGCUCUGAGGCUUUCUCACUGGUCUCCAACCUGAACCCCUACAGCCACGAUGAGAGCUGUCUCAGCAACAGCCAGGACCACGUCCCUCUGGCCGCGCUGCCCCUGUUGGCCAUCUCCUCCCCACAGUACCAGGAUGCAGUUGUCACCGUCAUCGAGCGAGCCAACCAGGCCUACGCAGAGUUCCUCAAGUCUCCUGAUGGCAUUGGCUUCAGUGGGCAGGUGUGUCUCAUCGGGGACUGUGUGGGGGGCCUCCUGGCCUUUGAUGCCAUCUGCUACAGUGCGGGGCCCUCAGGCGACAGCCCAGGCAGCAGCAGCCGGAAAGGGAGCGUCAGCAGCACUCAGGACAGCCCGGUUGUGGGGGAGGAGGAGUGCAGUCUGGCCGGCAGCAAGCGGCUCAGCAAGAGCAACAUCGAUGUGUCCACCGUGUUGGAGGAUGAGGAGCCCAAGAGGCUGUUGCCACGGAAACAGAGUGAUUCUUCUACCUAUGACUGUGAGGCCAUCACCCAGCAUCACGCCUUCCUAUCAAGCAUCCACUCGAGCAUGCUGAAGGACGAGGCCGAGCCCCCUGCGGCGGGGGCGCCCCAGCUCCCUGAGGUCAGCCUGGGCCGCCUGGACUUCGAUGUGUCUGACUUCUUCCUCUUCGGCUCACCCCUGGGCCUGGUCCUGGCCAUGCGGAGGACGGUGCUGCCAGGGCUGGACGGAUUCCAGGUGCGUCCCGCCUGCAGCCAGGUCUACAGCUUCUUCCACUGCGCAGACCCCUCUGCCUCACGGCUUGAGCCACUACUGGAGCCCAAGUUCCACCUGGUGCCUCCCGUCAGCGUGCCCCGCUACCAGAGGUUCCCACUGGGUGAUGGACAGUCCCUCCUCCUUGCUGAUGCCCUGCACACCCACAGCUCCCUCUUCCUGGAGGGCAGCUCCCAGGAAAGCCCGCCGAUCAUGGACGCCCCUGCCUCGCCCCCUCAGGCCCCGAGGUCCCAGCGCCGGGGGCGGAGGAUGAGCCAGGGCAGCUCCCACAGUGAUAGCUCAGAGUCCUCAGACAGCCUGGCCCCCGCUGGAGCCUCCCGCAUCACGGCCAGGUGGUGGGGCACCAAGCGCAUCGACUACGCCCUGUACUGCCCUGAGGUCCUCACAGCCUUCCCCACCGUGGCGCUGCCCCACCUCUUCCAUGCCAGCUACUGGGAAUCCACGGACGUGGUGGCCUUCAUCCUGAGACAGGUGAUGCGCUACGAGAGCGCGCACGUCCAGGAGAGCACUGGCCUGGAUCCCGCUGCACUGAGCCCCGCUAACCCCCGAGAGAAGUGGCUUCGUAAGAGGACCCAGGUCAAGCUGCGGAACGUCACUGCUAACCACCGGGCCAACGACGUGAUUGCUGCUGAAGACGGCCCCCAGGUCCUGGUGGGGCGGUUCAUGUACGGGCCCCUCGAUAUGGUGGCGCUGACAGGAGAGAAGGUGGACAUUCUGGUUAUGGCGGAGCCAUCCUCGGGCCGCUGGGUGCACCUGGACACGGAGAUCACCAACAGCAGUGGCCGCAUCACAUACAGCGUGCCUCGGCCCCGGCGCCUGGGUGUGGGCGUCUACCCCGUCAAGAUGGUCGUCAGGGGCGACCAGACCUGCGCGAUGAGCUACCUCACGGUGCUGCCCCGUGGCAUGGAGUGCGUGGUGUUCAGCAUCGACGGGUCCUUUGCAGCCAGCGUGUCCAUCAUGGGAAGUGACCCUAAGGUCCGUCCAGGGGCAGUGGAUGUUGUCCGGCACUGGCAAGACCUGGGCUACAUGAUCCUCUACAUCACGGGCCGGCCGGACAUGCAGAAGCAGCGGGUGGUGUCGUGGCUGUCCCAGCACAACUUCCCACAGGGCAUGAUCUUCUUCUCGGAUGGGCUGGUGCAUGACCCACUGCGGCAGAAGGCCAUCUUCCUCCGCAACCUCGUGCAGGAGUGCUUCAUCAAAAUCAGCGCUGCCUACGGCUCCACGAAGGACAUCUCUGUCUACAGCGUGCUGGGGCUGCCCCCCUCGCAGAUCUUCAUUGUGGGCCGGCCCACCAAGAAGUACCAAACUCAGUGCCAGUUCCUGAGCGAGGGCUAUGCUGUCCACCUGGCAGCCCUGGAAGCCAGCCACCGAUCACGCCCCAAGAAGAACAACUCGCGGAUGAUCCUGCGCAAGGGCAGCUUCGGUCUGCACGCGCAGCCCGACUUCCUGCGGAAGCGCAACCACCUGCGCAGGACCCUGUCCGUGCAGCAGCCGGACCCGCCCGCCAACCCCAAGCCGGAGCGGGCCCAGAGCCAGCCGGAGUCCGACAAGGACCACGAGCGGCCCCUGCCGGCGCUCAGCUGGGCACGUGGGCCCCCGAAGUUUGAGUCGGUACCCUGAGGGCCGGGCUGUGCUCGGAGCAGGGGGGCCCUACCAGGCUGCUUGUGGGGACCAGAGGGGCUGCCUUCUCCCCAACACAGGCCUUUUCCUGCUUUUUCCCUCCCGUGUCUGUCCAACAGUGUCCGACCUCAGUGGGGAGGGACCCUACCCGGCCUUGGGGGGCUCCUUAGGCUGCAAGGAGGUGAGAUGCCGGGGUCUCAGUGCAGCCACUGCUGCCUCCCCCGUGCCUGCGACUUCAGGCCCCAGUCAGGGCUGACGUCAGUGUCAUCUGGGGUGCAGGCCUGCCAGGAGGUUUGACGAGUCAGUCUCCUUUCUGAGGAGUCAGCCUCCGGGCUUCUGCAGCAACGCUAGGCAGGCCCUAAAGGGAGAGGCCCCAGCCCAGGGGCCCACGGCGGUCGGCUUCCUGGCUGACAGGUGGAGAGGCGAGUGACGUUGGUGACAUCCCGAGUCACCGUCUUGGGCCUGACUCUCCUAUGGCAAAGUGGCCACUUUCUGGGAGUGAGAGGACGCCCCCUGGGCUCGUCCUGCGUUCAGGCGUCUGUCCACAGCCCAGAGUGGGGCGGGUCUGGUGCUGGCGGUCCAUCCUCCCAAAGUCGUUCGUGUCUUGCCUUCUUGUCCUCAGAAUCUUCACCAUUCUUCUGUGGCCCUGGAGGACCUCUGUUCUCUCUGGAGUCCUGCCUGGGGCCCUCCCCUGUGAGGCUGCACCCUGGGCUGCGGCCUGGCUGGGCUAGCUGGGAGCCCUUGAGCCCAUUGCUUGCUCUCUCUGGGCCUCACCUUCCUUAUGUCAUCCAGGGCUCUCUCCAGCUGCAAUUAGAUUGGUGUGAGUUUGUGACUCCUAGACUGUCCUGCUGGUCUACCCUCUGAGGCUUUUCAGGCCUAAGAGCUCCUCCGAGAGCCCCGUGAGCUCCACCUCCCCCACAGUCAGGGAGGUGGGCUGGGGGAGCAGUGAUUGCCCCGCCACCUCAGAGGAAGCCCCUGGAGGUACGGGAAAGGGGCCCCGCUCCAUGGACAGAUUUAUUUUGCACUGAUGCCCGAAACCAGUGUCCCAGGGACAGAGAUGUCCUCCCAGCGCGCACUGACCGGCUCCUCCUCCCCAGCUCUACCCAGACCGAUUUCUCCCUUUUGGCACCUGGAAGAUAUAGAGCUGAGGUCCUGGAGUUUUGGGGGUUCAUGUAGUUUUGGCUCAAACUGUUGUAUUCUCGUUUCUUCCCUCCGCCACUCAGCUUGGUUUGGUGCCCAUAACUUCCUCCUGGGCCAUCCCGAGGUUGGUGGGGCUUAGCUCUCCUGGGGACCUUCAAAGCCUGUCCAGUGUCCUGGGCUUUGUUCUCCUGUAGCCCAGGCCAGCCUCUGAACCCCACCCCCAACCCUGAGGCAGCCUGGUUCUUUCAGCCCUGGCUCUGUGUCAUGGGCCAGUCUGACCAUGGGGCCCAGACAUCUGUACACACAGCAGGCACCUGUGUCAGCUCAGUGUUGCUUCUGCUCAAUGUCUACCUCUUGCAGUUCCCAUGUGACCAGUGUCCUCCUCCAUGGCAGCUGCUGGUGGGGGCGGCUGGCACCACUGGCAAAUGGGGCACCCUGCCAGGGCCGGAGGGGUUCGGGCUCCCAGCCCCCAACCCUGCUCUCUCUACAAGAAAUGUGUCUUCUCCAGUCUGCCCGGUCCUGCCACAUCUGCCUGACAGACUGGUCCGCCGGUCUAUGCUUCACUGUCAGUCCUGCAUCUGCAUCACAGCAGCGCCCAGUGCUGCUGGGGAGGGGCGAUUGCCGGCCUCCUCUCUGGUCCCGCCUCCUGGUGGUUCGGUCGGUCUUUCUCAGCUCUCUGUAGGCACUGCUCAUGUGGCAUAGCCACCUCACCCCGAAUCCUUCCCUUCCUUUCCGAAAUAUGCCUGGAAUUACACCUGGGCAGACUUAAUCUGAUUCUCAGAAACUCCACCAUCUCCUUUUUGCAGAAGCCACUGAUGUGUUACUCUCUAGUGCUGAAAUAAUUAGCCUGAGAUACUUCUCCUCUCGUCCGAUCCCCUCUGCCUUUUCUGAGAACCCCAGGCUUGGAUCAGGAGAGAGAGAGAGAGAGAGAGAGAGAGCGAGCACGAGCACACCAGGGCCCUGGGGAACUCUGAGUCCACAAGAGCAGGAUUCUGUGAUUGUGGGGGUUGGAGCUGGGGUGCAGGGCCUGGCAGGGGGGCCACACCCCUUCCCUUCUGGAGCCCUGGACUGGGGUUCUAAAGACUCACACCUGUGAGGCCGACGGGACACAGUGAGACCCUGUGAAGGUUCGCUGCAGAUGCAUCAGUGGGUGUGUGAGUACGCGUGUGCAGCUCUGUGCAGUGACUGGACUCAGAGCAGGGUUCAGGACUGCUUUCAUGGCAACCGUAACCAACAUGCACUUUCUCUGCUACUGGUUUGUUCAGUUCUGUGCGUCCGGUUAUGUUGGAGAAAAACAAAGUCGUGUUGUUUCCUGGACGGGCUGCUGCCUGUCUCCACGCGGUUCUGUGACCCCGACUGGCUGUCUUCCAGAGGGCCCUUCCUUGGGAGCUGGAACACAGACCUCCCCGCCUGACCAAAGCCCCCUGUUUCUCACGUGGCAUGUUUGUUGUUCUCGCCUGGUGGCUGUCCUGCAGGAGGGCCUGCCUGCCACCUCCCUCUCCGUUUGCCCUUUUGGGGGUCAGGGUGCAGCUGCAGCCAGUGCCUGCUCUACUGGCAUCCUGGGUUUCUCCUGAAGAGCUUAACUCCUUCCUUAGGCUCCACAAAAUGUUAAAAGUGAAAAAGGAGACUUUUCAUGUAUUUGGGUGAAUGGUCCUCCUGCCUGGAUAGUGGGCCAGAGAAAACAAACAUGUUAGGGUCCCAGUAUCCAGAAAUUAUGGGGAGUGGGUGGGCUCUCUGAAAGCUGGAAGGUGGGGUCUCCUGGCUUUCUAACUCCUUUGCCCACUUGGAGCCCAUGCCCAUGCCCAGAAGUGUCCUGCAGACCAAAGGUGGCACCAACGUUUAAUGACAGCUGGGCCAGGGGCAGAGUCCAGCUGUGGCUUGGUUUUGCACAGAUGCUCUGUGGCCCAGCCCAGGUGCAGCCCCACCUGGAGGGUGUCGCCCCAACCCCACCCCACCCCUGACUAACUGCGAAGGAGCCUCGCAGCUGACCCCGCCUUAAACAGCCAACUUUCCUGCCCAGCCCCGGGGGUUUGGGUGCCAAGUGCGCUGGAAACCUACUCUCUUUAGCUCAGCCACCAGAAGUCACCUCCCUCCUUCCGCUCCCUCUGGGCUCGGGAGGACUUUCUUAAAAAUUAUACUUAGGAUUAUGUGCAAGCAGCAAGGCCUGGUCUGGGUCCUGCUUUCUUUGCUAGGAAACCAAGAAGGUGGUUGGGAGAAAUAUCAGUUGAACCCCACUCUCGUGGGGGACAAGGAGUGGCAGGCGACACCAAGGAGGUGCAGGACAGGAGGGUGGUUCGCUCAUGGGGACCCCUGCCCUCGGACCCCAUGUCUUUUCUUUGUUUACUUGGUGGUGGCAGCCCGUCCGGUCUUGUCUGUGGUCUGACUGUUCCUAAGUGUGUGACUCUCAGUAUUAUCUGUGGUGGCUGGUUCUGUGGUGAAAAAGGUUUAUUAUAUUCUUCAUGGCUGCCUUGUACAAAAUCCGUUAGAAACGAAAACAUGAAAUAUCAGAUUUCUAACAAGACAAAAACAGCAUUAUGGAGUUCAAAAGAUUUUUACAACUGGUCUUGAUUUUGAUGUGAGCUGGUUUUUAACUCUCAAACAUUGUCACCGAAAUAAAAACCUUAUUUGCCU